CGACAACGAGCGACAAGCUAGCAGUCAACAGAGAACGCGGCAAAGGAAAAUGUUCAAGAUGAGUCUGGAAGCCGCAAGCCCCGCGGCUGCAAAUACUUGCAGCAGCACUGCCACUGGCAGCGCCGAGAUGUCUGGAGGGCGCGCGCCGGCGGAGCACCCCCGCAGACGAGAGUUCAGGAUGGUUUGCACGCUGGGCUCCGGGGGAUUCGGCACCGUGAAGCUAGUGCACGCAAGGGACAACGAAGCACAGUGCUUUGCCAUGAAGGUCAUCGAGAAGAGCCAUUUGCUUGAGGCGAAGCUACUGGAUCCCAAGAUCAAGCAGCGACAGCAAACGGAGCGGGAUGUUCUCGUGGCCUGUGCAGAUCAGCGACACCCAAGCAUCGUGCAGCUCCUCGAAGCAUUUCAGACCAACAGAAAGCUGUACUACGUUUAUGAAUAUUGCGACGGCGGCGAGUUGUGGGACCUGGUCAAAGUGCUUGGCAAGUUACCCGUGGAAUCCUUUUUCCGUUUCUACGCGACCGAAAUCGUGGAGGCGCUUGCGUUCCUGCACAGCCACGGCAUCUUGCACCGCGAUCUGAAGCUGGAGAACGUGUUACUUGACACCGCAGGGCACGCCAAAAUUUGUGAUUUUGGCUGCGCAAAGUUCUUUUUUCGCGACACGACUGCUAGUUUCAAGACUGUCGCGGCGGACCACUCGACCAUGCAAGGAGACCAAGACGAUCUGCCGGUGGGCCGCACGCGCUCGGAAAUGGUUGUGUCGCGGAAAAGUUUGAUGCCCCCGGAGUACUUUGAAACAGGCGAGUAUGGUGCGGAGCUGGACUCCUGGCAACUGGGACUCAUGUUUUACACCAUGCUGGAAGGUCGUGGCUUGGACCUUUACGCACCGGAGCUGCAGCGCCCGCUCUCCGUCGCGACCGAGGCGCGGUCCCUAGUGAACGACCUUCUGGCUCCGGAACACAAGGCCCGGCUUGGCUUUCCGACUGGCGCAUCGCUGGUGCAGGCGCACGCGUUUUUUCAGACUGCACAUCAAGGAGGUACAACUACGAUUGAACCGGCCCAGUUUUGGAAAGACGUACGGGACCGCACUUGGCGCGAGCCCCCCGACUUGGACACGGCAGCGAUGGAACGGAUCGCCAGUUGGCACUGCGACUGGGGCCGUGACAGCACCUUGGUGGACCCAAAUGACGUGGACUUGCUCCCCGUGUCCCGCUUCUCCACCCGCCUGGGCUCGCUGCGCAUGCGCUCGAUUUCCACCAGGCGCGACAGUUGCACGGCCGGCGCCAGGGAUCCCUUGGGAGCGCUCGUGGCUCUCGGUUGCGAGUCAUCGGACGAGGACCCCGAUGAGGAACAAUUGUUCGAAAACAAGAAGUUGCUGAAGAAGGAAAAUACCACGGAGACAACAGCGCCAGCUUGCGCCACCUUCGAUGCGCCAACGCUGCUGGAAAAGACUCCGGGCCAGCGUGAAACGGCCUGCUCGGUGGCGACGCACGUCUCGCCCGAGGGGAAUAACAAAACGAAUUGAUGGGAAGAAAGAGUGUAGUUGAUGACUCGAGGUGUCAAAGAUGUUUUUGUGCGAACCUAACAAAAUAUAUCGCAAAACGAUCAACAAUAAAAAAGUGAAUGAAUGACACCAAUAAAAAAGUGAUUGAAAACAUGUGAUUCUCCAAUUAUUU